UCAUGGCAGCUAGUUCACUGCAUGCAUUCACUCUGGAGCUGACUUUAGGGAAAACUGGGAAUUAGAGACUGAGCCUGUAUAGAAAAACUGCUGAUAAAUGAAGAAUAUAAGUCAUAUAAUGUUACACAUAGUUCUACUUGAAGAUGCCGCAACCUUAGAAAAGACCAAAGCUUCAUGGUGUGGAUCAUUGUGUCAUAUUAAGCGGACUUCAAAGACUCACUCGCUUGUUUUGAUCAAGCUAAUUCCAAGCCAUCCGGGAAAGUAUACAUCUCAGAAGUCUUCUCCACCAUGUUGUGUCAAGUGACUCUAUGCCUUACUUUGCUUGUGUUCCUCCCUGGAGAUGUCUCCUCUUCCGAGGCCGAGAACCGAUCUGCUUUAGAUGUCUGUUCCACGCAUACAGUCCUACCUGGACCCAAAGGUGACAUUGGUGAAAAAGGUGACACAGGUGAACCUGGAAAACAAGGAAAGGAAGGUCCCAAGGGUUUAAAAGGCUAUAAAGGAACACUCGGCAAUGACGGAGAUCACGGCUUUACUGGCAAAAUCGGCCCAAUUGGAAGCAAAGGUGACAAAGGAUACAAAGGAUUACCUGGACUACUGGGAGGAAAGGGGAAACCAGGCACCUUUUGUGACUGUGGAAGAUAUCGCAGAGCAGUCGGGCAGCUGGAUGUAAAAGUCUCUCAGCUCAAGUCCUCUUUACAAUUUGUAAAAAAUGUCAUUGCUGGUAUGAGGGAAACAGAAGAGAAGUUCUACUACAUUGUGAGAGAAGAACACAGCUAUAGGGACGCCCUGACGCAGUGCAGGGUCAGAGGGGGCACACUGGCAAUGCCCAAGGACCCGAGCACCAACUCCCUGAUAGCGGAUUACAUCUCCAGCUUGGGAUUAUUGAGGGUCUUCAUCGGUAUCAAUGACUUUGAAAAAGAGAAGCAGUUCAUGUACGUGGACAACACCCCGGUGCAGAACUACAGCAGCUGGAGGGCCGGGGAGCCCAAUGACGGCUCGGGGCACGAGGACUGUGUGGAGAUGCUGAGCACCGGCACCUGGAAUGAUGUGGACUGUAAUCUCACCAUUUUCUUUGUUUGUGAGUUUAUUAAGAAUGUCAAAUAAUCAGCAAAUAUUACUGGAUGUGGAUAACACUUACUAUACGGUGUAAUAUCAUACAGGAGUAAAAACGAUGUAACCCUGCAA